UUGCAGAUUUUAACGGAGUUGGAGCACAGUGGUGUCGGCAGGAACAAAGAGCAGAGCGCUCGUAUGCUCGGUCAUCUAGUCUCCAACGCCCCCCGCCUCAUACGACCGUAUAUGGAGCCCAUCCUCAAGGCUCUCAUUCUCAAGCUGAAAGACCCAGACCCCAACCCUGGAGUGGUCAUCAGUGUCCUUGCGACCAUCGGCGAGUUGGCCCAGGUGAGCGGUCUGGAGAUGAGGAAGUGGAUGGACGAGCUUUUUCCAAUCAUCAUGGACAUGCUGCAGGACUCCUCCUCAUUGGCCAAGCGACAGGUGGCACUGUGGACUCUGGGCCAGCAGGUGGCGAGCACAGGUUACGUGGUGGAGCCCUACCGCAAGUACCCCUCCCUUCUAGAGGUGCUGCUCAACUUCCUCAAGACGGAACAAAACCAGGGCAUCAGGAGAGAGGUAUGCACCUUUCAUUUCCCCGAGGUUUUCUCAGUAGCAACGUGAACCCAAC